AUCUUGAUGAGAAUUGAUGCAGGUCACUUCCGCAUAAGCCUCUCUCUUUGCAGCCAGGCUUUGCUAUGGAAGACACUCAGAGAACCGUCCGAUGACAUGCACGCUAUCCAUCACCUCAUCAGCAAACUCCCAUCAACGGCUUUCAUCAUCUUUUGGUCUGCUUCUCUCUUCGUUCUCCUCUCCCUCUUUCUACUCUACAUACUAAGAUGCUUCUUCCACUUCCAUAUGGUGAAAGCUGAGUUCUUGGAUCAUAUCAAAGUGAACUACCUUUUCGCUCCAUCCAUUUCAUGGAUCCUCCUCCUUCAAUCCUCACCAUUCAUCCAUCCAAAAUCUACAUACUACGUCGUGCUUUGGUGGGUCUUCAUGGUCCCAAUACUAGCUUUAGAUGUGAAGAUCUACGGUCAGUGGUUCACCAAGGGAACGUUCUUAUCAAUGGUGGCGAACCCCACGAGCCACAUAUCAGUGAUUGGGAACUUGGUGGGGGCCAGGGCAGCAGCCCAGAUGGGGUGGAAAGAGUGUGCGAUGUGUAUUUUCUCUAUCGGCAUUAUUCAUUAUCUUGUGCUGUUUGUAACGCUCUAUCAGGGAUUCUCGGGGAGUGACCGGCUUCCGGUGAAACUACGGCCUGUUUUCUUCUUGUUCUUUGCUGCACCAAGCACGGCAAGCUUGGCAUGGGAUUCGAUCUCUGGUACUUUUGGUACUCCUUCCAAGAUGCUAUUCUUUCUCUCAAUGUUCCUCUUUGCAUCGCCGGGAACGAGACCAGCUCUAUUCAAGAAGUCAAUGAGGAAGUUCCACGUGGCAUGGUGGGCCUAUCCAUUCCCCCUUACGGUCUUGGCCCUAGCUUCAGCCCAGUACGCCGAAGAAGUAAAAGGUGCCUUGGCCCACCUUCUGAUGCUAGUUUUAUCCGGCCUCUCCAUCAUCGUUUGCAUGGGCGUCGUCAUUUUCACCCUUCUCAACGUUGGGCUCUUCUUACGUCAACACUUCAGUUACAUACACGCAGCUGCAUGA